GCUGCGGCCGAAUGUAUGGAGAAUUUGGCGGACAUUCAGUUCAAAUGGGGCGACAAUUACGAUAAGAGGGAGUCGUUGGCGAGUCUAUUGAGGGCCUCGAAGUACUACAAGAAAGCGUGUCAACCGAAACGGGCUCUCAUUGUGUUGAAGCGAGUGAUCACUAUCUUAGAGCUCUCGCCCAAGAAUGACAAGUCAGUCAUUGUCGACAAGUAUGAGGACUGUAUCCAACUGUACCGCUCUCUCGACUUAAACCAUUUGGCAAAUGUUUGCCACAAAAUAUGCAAAUCUCUGGACGAAGAGAAGACUGAUUUCUGUACUUUAAAUAUCUGUAAAUUAGAGUCAUAUGAGCUGUCAAUGCCGUCCCGCGUGUCCACCCCUUCCACUGUUGUAACCAAUUAUAGUGACGACGAAGACUCUGAUAAUAAUGAUUGGUUUGGCGGUAAGACUGUUAAGGAAUCGAUUGAGAGUAAAGAGUGGGUUCAGCAACAGAUCCGACUUCUCGAUCAGUCCAACACUUGUGCCGACAGACCCCACAAAGACAACAGAGAGGAUAGUCAGCAGAUAUGCGAUGACGAGACACAAGUGGACCAAUACAUGUCACAAAAUCUAAAGUCAAACUCUAAACUUAAAUCCAAUCAAACAUUGCGUAAAAAUUUAAGACAACUUUUUGCUGAAACCAAUGAUGAGAGGAUUGCAUCAAAAAAAGCAAAACUCCUCAUCAAACCAGAGAGUGAACUCUUUUCUACACCGAUAACAACUGAGAUAACGGCCAUACCAGUGGCCACACCUACUCCACUGAGGGCACCCACACCCACACCAAUCGCCGAAUCAAAUGGCGAGCAACAGACGAAAGCUAAACGAAAGCGUCGUUUGAAACCCAAAGAGUUAUCGGAAGAGUCGCCCGAAAAGCGUUUAAUAAAGUUAAGAAAACUUGAUAUCGAAAACCAGUUCUGUAUUGACCCGAAAGCGCCGACUGAGCGCCUGUUAUGCACCCUUUGCGACGAAUCCAUUCUGUGUUAUCGUUGGUCUAUAGUGACCGACCACUUGAAGGGACGCAAACACAAUGACUUUGCUGCGAAGGAACGCCUAAAACUACAACACAAAGACUUGCCAUUUAAUAGCAAUAUGGUGUCUACCAGUGCUUUGUCAGACUUUGCAUACUUUAAUAACCCGAAUGGUGUGCACAAAGAUUCUGGACCUUUGUAUGUCAUGAACCCACCGCUGACUAUGGCCGACGCUAUCAAUAUGAAUGGAGUCACAGAAUCACUGGCCUAUCACUCGCAACAACACUACUUGACUGUGCCCUCACUCAUGGCAACACACAUGACACCAAUCAAUGAUUCGCAACAAAUGAGUUGUAGUGAAAACGGCCAAAACAAACCACACGAUAGCUUAGACACACCGCCAGUGAUGGACACCACAUCGAACCCCUUUGGGUGCACUUCAUUCUCCAUAUUGAAUAUAAAUGAUCAGUAGAUGACAACUAUUUUAUUAACUCAAACAUUUGUUAUGAUAAUAUUGUUAUCAAAUUUGUUAUUAUAAUUUUAUUGUAUUUUAUUUUUAAAAUAUAAUCAUUCAAACGAAGCUUUAAACUCUUAAAUUAAAACAAAUGGCAAAGUAUAGUACCCUAUAUGG